CCUUGAGAAAAGCUGCCAACGAGACUACCACUUCAGAGGGACUUAGCAACUUCUUGAAAAGUGACUCAAUUUCAGAAGAAUUGGAAAGAUUGAUGGCUAGUGGCAUAUCCAACUUGAGGUGCAGUGAACAAGCCUUUGAUUCCGAUGUCACUGACAGUAGUUCAGGAGGAGAGUCUGACAUAGAAGAGGAAGAACUGACCAGAGCGGAUGCUGAGCAGCGUCACGAGCCCCUAAAUCUACAAGGAAACGCUAUAUCCUACAUUGACAAAAAUGUGUGGAAAGCAUAUCGCUGGGUUGAGACUCUGAUUCUCAGCGAAAAUUAUUUGACUGAAUUACAUAAGGAUUCAUUUGAAGGCCUGCUAUCCCUGAAGCACUUAAAUCUUGGCUGCAAUUUACUCACAGAAGUGAGUUUGGGCACAUUUCAGGCAUGGCAUGGAAUGCAUUUUUUGCACGUGGUAAAUCUUGAUCAGAAUCCAUUGACAACUAUUGAAGAUUCCUAUCUUUUUAAUUUGCCAGCAUUAAAAUAUCUAGACCUCGGAAGAACGCAGGUGUCCAUCAGCACAGUUGAGAACAUCCUCAUGAAGACUCUCGAACUGGAAAAACUGAUCUUACCUAGCCACAUGGCCUGCUGCCUCUGCCAAUUUAAAAAGGACAUUGAGACUGUCUGCAAGACAGUCAAGCUGCAUUGUCGCAAUGAAUGUCUGACAAACCCUCUAUCUUGUGUACCAGAACCAUCGACAGAGAAUCCCAAAGCAGAAUUCCUGAAGAUACUGCAAGCCCGGAAGAAGAACACUAGCACCGAAUUAAUUAUUACUUCAGAGACGGAUAAUUCAGAAAAACAUACACUUGACAUUCUAGACUCUACAAAUGAGCAGCUAGACUUGAAUGAAAAAGUUGACUUUAUCAGUGCACUAAAUUACGUGCUGCGUUAUUUCUCAGGCAGCAAUCUAGAAGACUCAUCCCCAGGGGACCAGUUGGAAAGUCAACUGAACCAGCAGCUACGGUCCCUCAUCCCCAAUAAUGAUGUGAGAAAGUUCAUCUCACUCGUAAUCCAUACUGUGCAAACGGACUGUGCAGACCCCCAGGUGCAGCUGUCCUGCGCCAAGCUCAUCUCCAGCACGGGCCUCCUCAUGAAGCUCCUCAGUGAGCGGCAGCCAGUAACGGCGGCCAAGGCGGAAUGGGACACAGACCGGCGAGAAGAAGAGCACUACAUCAGCGAGAGCCCGGGACGCCUGAGUGAUGCAGGAAUGAUCGAGUCAACCGAGGUGAGGACGGCCACGAGACAGGAGACCUGCCCUUUCCUGUCGCUUAGGAAGUGUCAUUAAAGCACCAAGGAGGAGGAACAGGGGCUCCCAGUCCAUAUCUUGUAUUGGGCACAUAACUUUGGCCAAGGUGGUGAUUUCCCACUUUGCUCCUUUAGAGAAUGAAGCAGCCCUGACAA